UCGCCCUCUAUUGGACAGAGGCGACAGUGGCGCUCAUUUACUGAAUCUUCCCGCUCGUUUCUUAGUCUGCAUUUACUGGACUGAGAGAGGCUGAUUCUGAAUGGAGAUAUAAUCCUGAAUUUUUGCUCUCUGUGAAAUUUUACAGAUCAGCUCCCCCAUCUCUGGAAUUCAUCAUCAGUGAAACUUCUCCCACUGUUGUCACAUCAUCAGCGAAGCUCCUCCCACAGUAAUUCAGCAAUAAAUGCUGUAAAUUCCCAUCAGCUACAAGUGAAGACGAGCAUCAGGAAGAGCUGAAAUCUGCAAAGACUGAGUUUAUUAAAGAGGACAGUGAGAACAUGAGUGAUCCAGAACCCUGCAGAAUGAAACACACUGAAGAUCCUGAAGAACAAAGAGACCCGUUGGAAGUGAAGGAGGAGAGAGAAGAACUGAGUGAAGUGGAGGAGGAACAUCAUGUCCAACCUGGAGGAAAACCCUUGAGUCACUCAAAGACUAAAAAUACAUUUUUAAAGAAAAUAAGAGCCGAGAAAUCUUUCACCUGCACUCAGUGUGGGAAGAGUUUAACAACCAAACAACAUCUUAAUCUUCACAUGAUGAUCCACACUGGAGAGAAACCGUUCUCAUGCGAUCAGUGCGGGAAGAGAUUCACACAAUCAGGAAACCUGAGGAUGCACAUGAGGAUCCACACUGGAGAAAAACCUUACAAGUGUUCACACUGUGACAAGAGAUUCAGUGUGUCAUCACAUCUGAAAAAACAUGAGAUGAUCCACACUGGAGAGAAGCCGCACACGUGUGAUCAGUGCGGGAAGAGUUUCUCUUGUAAAAGUGACCUGAAGAUACACAUGAGGAUCCACACUGGAGAAAAGCCAUACAAGUGUGUUCAGUGUGGAAACAGUUUCACAUUAAAACGUAAUCUUGAGGUUCACAUGAGAAUUCACACUGGAGAGAAGCCGUUCACGUGUGAUCAGUGCGGGAAGAGUUUCUCUAAUAAAGCUGACCUGAGGAUUCACAUGAGGAUCCACACUGGGGAAAAACCUUACAAGUGUUCACACUGCGACAAGAGUUUCAAUUACUCAGUCAAUCUGAAAACACAUGAGAGGAUCCACACUGGAGAGAAACCGCACACGUGUGAUCAGUGCGGAAAGAGUUUCUCUUGUAAAGCUGAACUGAAGAUACACAUGAGGAUCCACACCGGAGAGAAGCCGUUCUCAUGUGAUCAGUGCGGGAAGAGUUUCAGACAAUCUUCACACCUUAAUGUUCACAUGAUGAUCCACACUGGAGAGAAGUUGUUCACAUGUCAUCAUUGUUGCAAAACGUUUCUAAGGGCAUCAGAGCUGAAGAGACACCUGAGAGUUCAUACGAAGGAGAAGCCGCAUUCAUGUUCUGUGUGUGGAAAGAGUUUUUCACUGCUGACAACUUUACAUAGACACGAGAAAACUCACACUGGUGUGAGAGAGUACAUGUGCUUUGAGUGUGAGAAGACUUUUAUUACAGAAAAUAGUUUAAAGGUGCACCAGAGAAUUCACACUGGAGAAAAACCUUACAAGUGUUCACACUGUGACAAGACAUUCAGUGACUCAUCACAUCUGAAAACCCAUGAGAUGGACCACACUGGAGAAAAACCUUACAAGUGUUCACACUGUGACAAGAGAUUCAGUCAGGCAGGAAAUCUGAAAACACAUGAGAUGAUCCACACUGGAGAGAAGCCGCACACGUGUGAUCAGUGCGGGAAGAGUUUCUCUAUUAAAACUAACCUGAAGCGACACAUGAAGGUCCAUGCGGUGGAUAAACCACUGAAACACAGUCUGAAAUCACGCUAAGAUGAUUUUCAUGUGAUGAGCAACAAAGUCUCUUCUGUGUAAGUUAGCCACACAUCACCCGAUAGCCACAUCUCUCCUCUCCACCUAUAGUUGGUGUGUGGUGAGCACAGGACACUUUGUUGAUUGAUUGAUAUCUAUUAGCUUGUGUUCAACCGACAGGAAUGUGUAAUUCGUCAGUUCAAGUCAAAGCAAAUAUAUAUACAGGGCUCUAGACUGCGAUAUUUGAGAUAUUUGGCAAAUUGUUAUCUGCUCAAUUCCAGAUGUACUGAUCAAUCAGUCCUUCCAGAAAAACGCGGAGUUUUUUUGUGAUUGUUGCGGACAAAAAUCCUUGAUUACGC